AAUUUAUCAAUUUCAUAUCUAAAAUCAUUGAAUCAAGAAUCUUUUGAUUUCCGAAUACUUUCUUCUCAAAACUCAAAAGGCACGAAAUGUACAGAUGAAAAAAGAAGCCGAAUUCCUUUCUUUGACAAAAAUCUCGGGACUUCACCAACCGGCCUCUCGGUGACCAUAUUCUUCGAAAAUCCGUGUCGAGUUCACCCUAUAGGGGUUUUCAGGCAAUAAAAUAUUGGGGUCUGCUUCAAAAUCACAUGGUUCCAUUACCCAGUUCCUGAGGUUUCGUCGAAAGGGUUUUUGCUUCGAACUCUAAAUUGUUGCCCCGCAGAACCUAAAUCUUCUUCCUGAGGUGUCUUUUUUUUGGCUGGAUUUUCAAUCUGGCUCUGCUUAAAAAUCUGCAAAGAUUCAGUAUUUAUAACCCAGUCUUUUCGGGGGGAAAAUGAUGGUUUUGCAGUCGGGUUCCGCGUCGUUUGCUCUGACAGCAACAAGUGGCUUUUCUCGGUCGGCUAGUGUUGCCGUUUCGAGUGCGGGGAGGAUCAGUUCGUGUUGUUUUAUGCGAAUGAAGGAGCAGAGAAAGGUUGUUUGUGCUUGCGUGGCGCCUCCUCGAAACUUGGGAAGCGAUGAAUCCUCCGCCACCAAAUUCAAUGAUUCGUUUAAGUCAGAGAGUUUAAGCACAGUUCGGGAGCCUGAGGAUGAUUCUGAGGUUCUCGUUGAGUGCAAAGAUGUCUAUAAGUCAUUUGGCGAGAAGCAAAUAUUGAGAGGUGUGAGCUUCAAGAUUAGACAUGGGGAAGCUGUUGGAAUAAUUGGCCCUUCUGGCACUGGGAAAUCUACUGUUCUAAAAAUUAUUGCAGGACUUCUUGCUCCGGACAAGGGAGAGGUUUACAUACGAGGUAGAAAGAGAGCUGGUUUGAUCAGUGAUGAGGAGAUAUCUGGCCUUCGAAUUGGAUUGGUGUUUCAGAGUGCAGCACUUUUUGAUUCUAUGACUGUCCGUGAAAAUGUUGGUUUCCUUUUGUAUGAAAACUCAACCAUGGCUGAGGAUAAAAUUGCAGAGCUUGUGACAGAAACCUUGGCUGCUGUUGGCUUAAAGCAAGUUGAAGAUCGGUUGCCAUCCGAGUUGUCUGGUGGAAUGAAGAAACGAGUUGCUCUAGCUCGAUCUUUAAUCUUUGAUACGACAAAGGAAGCAAUAGAUCCUGAGGUGCUCUUGUACGAUGAACCAACUGCUGGACUUGAUCCAAUUGCAUCCACUGUUGUUGAAGAUCUCAUCCGCUCUGUCCACAUGAAAGGUGAGGAUGCACUGGGAAUGCCUGGCAAGAUAGCUUCCUAUGUUGUUGUUACUCACCAACACAGUACGAUUAGAAGAGCAGUUGACAGGUUACUGUUUCUCCAUGAGGGGAAGGUUGUCUGGCAAGGAAUGACUCAUGAGUUUACAACUUCAACAAAUCCAAUUGUUAAACAGUUUGCCUCUGGAAGCUUGGAUGGACCAAUAAGAUAUUAGAACUAGUCCUAUGGCAGUAUACAUUGAACGACACGUGAUCAUUGAUUCUUAGGAGGCUGCAGAAUUUCCAGGCAUUAGCAGUUCAGACGGAGCACGCAUAUUUAGCCUCUGCCUACCUUCUCGGCAGACUCUCUCUCAUAUUUGAGUUGUUCCCCAAUGGGACUUUUGGCUUCUAAGAUAAUUCGUGGCCUUUGCAUAUUUAGCAACAAUCUGAUGUUAGCACUGCCUGUUUUUAGAAAGGAGAGAUUCAUAGAAAAGAUAAAGAUAGCUAAAGCAUAAAACUGAAUUCAUAAAGUGAUUUGUGUUCUAAAGUAAAGGUUUAAUUCUCGCUUA